GCUUGGCCUCUGUGUCUCAGACUUCAAACUGAGAUUUUACUUUUGGAGCCAAUGACUGCGCUUCUGCGUUUCUAAAGAUUAUUUUCUCUGUUGGGGUAUCUGAGACUAGUGAGUUUCGUCGGCUCGUGCAGAGAGAAAGAGAAAUAAGUCGAGAUGGCUGGGGGAUCUCUUGCUCCGGCCGGUAUGGCUAAGGAGAGGGCACAGCAGUAUCAGGGGAAGGUCACCUUGUAUGUGGUGAUUGCUUGUAUCGUUGCCGCCGUGGGCGGGUCAAUCUUUGGCUAUGAUAUCGGAAUUUCAGGUGGGGUGACAUCUAUGGAUGAUUUUCUGCUUAAAUUCUUCCCAUCAAUCUACUACAAGCAGAGUCAUGCACAACAGAGUAACUACUGCAAAUACAACAACCAGGGCCUCUCUGCAUUCACUUCUUCUCUUUACCUUGCUGGAUUGGUUUCAUCUCUGGUAGCUUCUCCUGUAACGAGAAAGUAUGGACGCCGCUUAAGUAUAAUCUUUGGAGGGAUCAGCUUCCUCGUUGGGGCCGCUCUUAAUGCUGCUGCUAUGAAUUUGGCAAUGCUGAUCUUGGGUCGAAUCAUGCUUGGUGUUGGGAUUGGAUUUGGUAAUCAGGCGGUCCCACUGUAUUUGUCAGAGAUGGCACCUGCCCAUCUCCGAGGAGGCCUGAACAUGAUGUUUCAGUUAGCAACUACUCUGGGCAUCUUCACAGCAAACAUUAUCAAUUUUGGGACACAGAAGAUCACACCAUGGGGAUGGAGGCUCUCCCUUGGCCUAGCAGCAGGCCCUGCAUUACUGAUGACAGUAGGAGGAAUCCUUCUUCCAGAGACACCUAACAGCCUAAUUGAAAGAGGAUUGCAAGACAAAGGAAGAAAAGUUCUAGAGAGGAUAAGAGGGACCCACAAUGUCGAUGCAGAGUUCGAAGACAUGAUUGACGCUAGUGAGUUUGCAAACUCAAUUGAACAUCCCUUCAGAAACAUCCUUGAGAGAAGAAACAGACCACAGUUGAUGAUGGCAAUUUUCAUGCCAACAUUCCAGAUCCUAACUGGCAUUAAUUCAAUUCUAUUCUAUGCCCCAGUUCUAUUCCAGAGCAUGGGUUUUGGGGGAAAUGCUUCGCUAUAUUCUUCAGUGUUGACUGGUGCUGUUCUUUUUGUAUCAACGUUUAUCUCAAUUUCACUAGUUGAUAGAUUGGGUCGAAGAGUUCUACUAAUCAGUGGAGGUAUACAGAUGAUUGUUUGUCAGGUAACAGUUGCCAUAAUCUUGGGCCUCAAGUUCAAUAACGAUCAGGUACUCUCGAAAGGCUUCUCAAUACUAGUGGUAGCGGUGAUCUGCCUCUUUGUCUUGGCUUUUGGAUGGUCAUGGGGCCCGCUUGGGUGGACUGUGCCAAGUGAGAUAUUUCCUUUAGAGGUCCGAUCAGCUGGACAAAGCAUCACUGUAGCUGUCAACCUGUUCUUUACUUUUGUAAUUGCACAGUCUUUCCUUUCCCUCCUCUGUGCUUUCAAGUUUGGAUUCUUCCUCUUCUUUGCGUGUUGGAUCACUGUCAUGACCAUCUUUGUUUAUUUCCUCCUACCUGAAACCAAGGGAAUUCCUAUUGAGGAGAUGAUAUUUGUGUGGAGAAAGCACUGGUUCUGGAAGCGGUUUAUGCCUACAGAAGUUGACGAGGAAAACGAUGGGCAAACCAAGUAAAUGGAGCUGGGAAAUCAGUAGCUGUGUGAGUUUCAAGCCUGACUGCUGAGCAAACAUGGUAUUGUCUAGGAAGACUGUUAGGUUUUGAAAAUGAAUAUGAUA